UCCCUGGUACUACAAAGAACAAUGGAACAAUGCAGCUUCUCUGUGGUCCGGGCUGGCGUUUGUGAGCCGAGGCGCUACCCCUCACAGACUGAGCGCUGUGAUGCUGCACACCGCCGAAGAUGAGCGAGGUGAGACGGUCAACAUCAAGCUCCUAUCGGCCGAGGUCCAGCUGGAUAAAGAGGCCAAAAAGAGAAUGGAAACCAUUAGAGGACCGGAGCUGCACGGAUCUGCCGUGGUUCCUGUUAUUUACAUUGUUCCUUGUGGGAAUGUGUGGCAUCUGUGGGUUUACCAUCGCGACUGGAGGGGCGGCGCGGCUCGUCUUCGGAUAUGACAGCUACGGGAACACGUGCGGCCAACGCAACGAGCCCAUCGAAGGGGUCCGACUGAGUGGUCUCGACCAUACCGACAGAAAAUUCGUCUUUUUCCUGGAUCCGUGCAACAUAGACAUCAUUCAGAGGAAGAUAAAGUCCAUGGCGCUGUGCGUGUCACAAUGUCCCACUGAGGAACUGGCGACUUACUACGACCUCAAGAGGUUUGCCAUGAUGAAUGGGUCUGAGCUUUGUUCAUAUGAGUUACCUGGUCAUAAGUACCCAAGCCUUCCAGAGCGCUUUGAAAAGUGUCCCAAACUUCCAGUACCAGAGAGCAAAGCUCUUCCAGUGUUUAGCCGCUGCACGCCGGUGGAUAUUUCCUGCUAUGCUAAGUUUGCUGAAGCGGUGGUCACAUUUGUCAGUGAUAACAGCAUGUUAAACAGGCUGAUUGCCGGGGUGGCGGCCAGCAAAGAGAUCAUUGUUGGGCUGUGUCUGCUGGCGUUAGUUUUGUCCAUGAUCCUCAUGGUGAUCAUUCGUUACAUCUCUGCUGUCUUGGUUUGGAUCCUCACUGCUCUGGUGGUUCUGGGUUCCCUGGGAGGCACGAGUGUUCUUUGGUGGUUGUACAUAGACUAUAGAAUGACAAUGAAUGAGACCAUGACUAAAGAUCUGAGGGAAAUGGAAGAACCCAACGGUGGCAUGAAGACCACCAAAGACCACGCUCAAGGACUGCUCAUCUAUGCUGUUUCAGCGACUGUAUUCACUGGAAUCUUGUUGCUUCUGAUGUUGUUUAUGAGGAAGAGAGUGGCUCUGACCAUCGCCCUGUUCCAUGUGGCUGGAAAAGUGUUUAUCCACCUGCCCCUGCUGGCACUGCAGCCCUUCUGCACCUUCCUCGCUCUUUCUCUGUUUUGGGUGUACUGGAUCAUGGUUCUCCUCUUCCUCGGCACCACUGGGAACCCGGAGAAGAAUGAGGAUACUGGCCUGGUUGAGUUCAGGCUCACAGGAGCGCUGCAGUACAUGACCUGGUACCACGCAGUGGGACUGAUCUGGAUCAGCGAGUUCAUCCUGGCUUGUCAGCAGAUGACCGUAGCCGGUGCUGUGGUAACCUACUAUUUCACAAGGGAUAAAACUAAACUCCCGGUGACGCCCAUCCUGUCAUCAGUGCUGCGGCUGGUGCGGUAUCACCUGGGCACUGUAGCCAAGGGCUCCUUCAUCAUCACCCUCGUCAAGAUCCCACGCCUCAUUCUCAUGUACAUCCACAACCAACUCAAAGGAAAGGAAAACGCCUGUGCGCGCUGCAUGCUGAAGGCCUGUAUCUGCUGUCUGUGGUGUCUGGAGAAGUGCCUCAAUUAUUUGAAUCAGAAUGCAUAUGCGGCGACGGCCAUAAACAGCACCAGUUUCUGCACCUCGGCCCGCGAUGCCUUCAUGAUCCUGGUGGAAAACGCUCUUAGGGUGGCAACCAUUAACACCGUUGGAGAUUUUGUUCUUUUUCUGGGCAAGGUCCUGAUCGUGACGUGCACAGCGUUCGCUGGGGUGUUAGCGCUGAACUAUCAGAGAGAUUACACCGAGUGGGUCCUGCCGCUCAUCAUCGUGUGUCUGUUCGCGUUCCUCGUGGCACACUGCUUCCUGUCCAUCUUCGAGAUCGUGGUGGACGUGCUCUUCCUCUGCUUUGCCAUCGACACCAAAUACAACAACGGCACACCUGGGAGGGAGUUCUACAUGGACAAAGCCCUGAUGGAGUUUGUGGAGAACAGCAGGAGGUCAAUGGCGAUGGAGGAGCGGGGGCGCAGCAAGCGCGCCCGUCCCAAGGAAGAGGUAGAGUUGACGGAGGUUAAGGCCAUGGUGAGUGGUGACGUGGGCGGGGCAGGGGCGGACUGGCAGGCCUUGCAGGAGUUCCACCUGUACUACCUGCUGCUGUGUGUGCUGAUGGACUGGGCCCUGUCGGAGCACACACUGGUGCUCUGCCUCACGCAAGACAUGAUCAUCUUCCUGUCUGUCUGCCUGCCCACCUCCACCCUCUUCUUCCUGGUCACAUUGCUCCAGAACACGCCGGUGGCUGCUGCAUGCUGACUAACGCUUCUUCGCCUCCUUCAUCCUUCUAUCAUUUCAUCUGUCCUUUCUAUGCAUCGCACUAACAGAGCAUGAACUUCUAUUUUUCUAUCUGUGGAUUGUUAUUAUUUUUUCAUCUUUUUUUCACUCCAUUCUUGCCUCUUCCUUUUUUUAUUGACUGUCUUGAACUCAUAUGGCAGCUAUAAACUGACUUAUAUAUCCGUUGCCUUAAAAUCACCAAGUUGCUAUUUGGAGGAAAACAAUUGAAAGCGCCAAGCUGGAAAAACAAGAUGAGUAGAGAAAAGGAAAGACAUUAUCUCUCACGUUGAUGGUCAUGUUUUCCACAACUCUCAAUUAGCCACACAACAAUAACCACACAACUUCUGAAUUUAUGGAUAAACAAUGGCAGAUUUGUUCAGUUUCAAUAUCAAAAUUAUUAGUGGGUCAGGAAGAACACGUUCCUCAAAUUGACUAGUCCGUGUAUCGUAGGAUGACUGGCCAGUUUUACAGAAAACCACCUGACCUUAUUCACUCAAUAACUGGCCUUUCAUGCUUUAUUUAGGAUAGUUUACCACGGAAACGGGUGAUGGAGGUUUACCGCUAAUCAGUUAACCAGCUUUACUGACUAGAUGUGUGUAAAUAUAUUAAUAAAUAUAACGCCCAGCCCUACUUAGGACCUUUGUUCAUCUCCGGAACACAAAUUAGGAUGACUUUGAUGAAUUCAGGGAGCUUUCUGACUCUGCAUAGAUAGCAAAGCAGCUGACAUGUUCAAAGAAGGCCCAGAAAGUAGUAAAGACAUCAAUAAAAUAGUCCAUGUGGCAUCAGGGGUUCGGCAGUAAUGUUAUGAAGCUAGAAGAAUACUUUUCUGUGCACACUUUCAUUGGAUAAGCAAAAAAAAAUCUAAAUGUCUGCCAUGGGAGUAUAAUGCAAUAAGCCCCAAGAAGCCACGGUUUACAGUGAAUUUAUAACAGCUGAGGGGUUUAAAAACGACCUUCGGUGUUAUAAAUUCACUGUAAACCACGGCUUCUCAGGGUUUACCGCUUUUAUGAAGCGGCUAUUCCGUAUACACAGUAAGGUUUCGCAAAAUAAAUAAGAGCAAAUAAAGUAUAUGACAAACAUUAUUCUUCCGUUAAGCAAUGUAGUCCCUCAGAAACGCUUGUGUUUGGAUCACAGUGGUUGCUAAGUAACACACAUGAACACGCAUUUUAAGGCUGCACACAUCUCUUGUUUAAGAAAGGUAACCAUAAUAAAAUUGACGAGGUAUAAAACACUGUUACACUAAAAUACUAAUUUCUUGUUUUCUUUGCAAUUUAACGGUUACUUUUCUUAAAUGAGUCUCCCCCGAUGACAUAUGCAGUCUUCAAAUUCAACCUCCCGAGGAAGAAGCCUUCCAUAUGAGAAGGAACAAAGGUGUACGUUUGCAGAGUGUUUUACAACAGCUUCGAACACAGCUUAACCAAUCAGAAUCAAGGACAUGAACUAUCCAUUUUAUAAUGCAAGUUUGAUAAGCGGGUAAACAAAAUUCAGCAGGAAAGUUGGAUUGUUUUAUGGCAACAAUAAAUGGAAAUGUUCAGUUAUCCACUUUAAAUACAACUGUAAUUCCACUCAGCCGUAGGGUACUCAAAAGUUGAAAAUACACAAAGACUAUAGAAGUACCCAAGACAUGUCACUCGUGUAGUUUUGAAUGGGGAAAAAUGUAAUGCUCAAUACGGCCGCUCAGUCGCAGGAUGUACCGCCUUUUGAACAAAAGAGCCAAUCGCUAAUUGGUAAAGGCCAGAGCCGUUGAGAAUGAGAGUUGAGACACGCUUUGUGGUUCAUGGAGCUCUCGGUGGUUCCAAACAAUUGGCAUUAAUCAGGAUAUUUUCAGCAAUUUCUAGAAAUUAUUAACACAAUGUAUAUCGAUUGUGUAGUGAAUACUAUAUGCUGACUUCACUUUACAAUAGCAUUUUAUUCUGGGAAUUGAUAAAGAUACAGCAUUAUUAUUUUUCGAAUUUGCUUAUUAUAUUACGAUUAGCAUGCAUUCAGGGUUAAAAUAAGGACAACAUUUUAAAAAAUCCAGUACAAAUACAAGAAAGGCAAAUUUAGAGGCGCCUGAAAAUAAGCUUCAUAUAAUGCUAUUUGAGCAAAAUAAAUCUAAAAAUAAAUCUAUGAUGACAGUUGUUAUCAGAUAUCUUUGGUGAAUUCAAAUUUGAAAUUUAUGAAAUAUGAAAUGUUUCCCUAUUCAAAGAGAGAGGAGUUGCAUGCCUGAAGGGCAUUUUAAAGAUGGCCGCCGAGUGGCAUGACUUGUGUUAAAGGGACUCAUAGCCAUAUACUCUCCAUGUUCCUGAAAUUCUGCUACUUUGAAUAGUGUCGAUGUUUUUUAGGGCUGAGAAUCUGGUUUCAAGACAGCCUUUAACGUCCAUCGUAACAGCCUCUCCAUAUGCAUGGAUACUUUCUUCUCACACCUGCUUUUUUUGUGAUGCACUUGUGUGUUUUUAACCCAUUUUUUGACAUUCUGCUGCUUGAAAUUGAUGAAGUGGACUAACUCCUCCAAAUCCGUUGAUCGGUUGUUGAUUUGUUUGGGAGUAAAUGAGACUAAUGACGUGUUUCUUUCCUGUAGGCUCCCGGGACAAGCUCUGCUUGACCAAAAUCAGCCCAUGGGACUUUUUAAAGACAUUCCAAAAUGUUUAUUUUUACCAAUGUGUAACAUGUUUACUAUGGUUUCACUCCAGGGAAUACAAUAUUUUAAUAAGAAACUGUAAAAAAAUGAAAUAACAAUGUAAUGAAGCACUUUAUAUUGGAGCGCUGCAUAUUUUAAAAAGCCUGAUGCA